AUGGCGGCGCUAAACUUCAGAACGCUGUAUGCGUUCUUUGUCUCGGUUUCACUUCUUAGUGUGUUGGCGUCCGCAGAUCCUCUCCAUGCGUUAAUGGCCCGUGGCCGACCGGCCAUGAACGCUGCGAUUAGGAAUUCCACAACAUGUACCAAGGACAAGUUGCGCAUCCGUCGAGAAUGGGGUGACUUGUCCGUUGGAGCUAAACUCCGCUACAUUUCUGCUGUGAAAUGCCUCAUGAAGAAGCCAUCCAAGUUGGAUCCUGUCGAUUACCCUGGCGCUAAAUCCCGCUAUGACGACUUCAUCGUUGUCCACAUGAAGCAGACGCCAUACAUCCACGGCACUGGAAACUUCCUCACCUGGCACCGCUACUAUAUGGCUACAUUUGAAGAAACGCUGAGAAACGAGUGCCACUACAAUGGCACACAGCCAUACUGGAACUGGCCGAAAUGGUCCCAAAGCCUGGAGACAAGCCCACUUUUUGAUGGUAGCCCGACAAGUCUUGGUGGCCAGGGAUACAAGACGAAAGUAAAUGGCACGGCUCAGAGACCUGCUGGUGAAGGCGGUGGUUGUAUCGCUAGUGGACCGUUCAAGGGCUUGCAAAUGAACCUUGGACCUCGCGGGCUCGCAACGAACCUGCCUGACCGACCGAACCCUCGUGCGGAUGGCUUCGGAUAUAACCCUCGCUGCGUCAGACGUGAUAUUUCCAGCUAUCUUACACGACGCGAUGGCACAAUGGAAAAAGUCGUUGGUCUCAUCUUGAACAACACGGACAUUGGAUCCUUCCAGACACAUAUGCAGGGAAACCCAAGUGUCCACAGUAUGGGCCAUUACAGCGUCGGUGUAGAUCCGGGAAGUGAUAUUUACGCUUCACCUGGUGAUGUUUAUUUCUGGUUCCAUCAUGGCAUGAUUGAUCUGGUAUAUGCGGUCUGGCAAGCGCUUGACUUUCCGAAUAGGCAGCAGGUUAUUUCGGGUGGUACGCUAUUUUGGAACGGAACAGACAGCAGACGGGCGACUUUAAAUGACACCAUCGAUAUGGACAUACUCAGGACCGACAAGCCAUUGCAGAUCAAGGACCUAGUCAGUACAGUCAACGGGCCGUUUUGCUACCUGUACGAGUAA